AUGGCGUCCACCAGGCUGCCCAUGGACACGGACAAGGACCUGGUGGCCCUCUUCCGCCAGCAGGUCCACGCGACGCCCAACGCUGUCGCCGCCGAGGACGACGCCACCACGUGGACCUAUGCCGAGCUCGACCGGGCCACCGACCUCGUGGCCGACCACCUGCGCUCCGUCUACGGCGUCGGCCGUGACGUGCUCGUCGGCGUCCUGAUGGGCCACACCGUGCAGUACGUCGUGGCUUGCCUGGCCGCCCUCAAGGCCGGCGGCGCCUUUCUCGUCCUCGAGGUCGCCUAUCCGCCAGGUCUGCUGGCCGACGUCAUUGAGGAUGCCCACCCGCCCGUCAUCCUGACCUCAGCCGAGUAUGCCGACAAGGUGCCCGCACACAUCCCGCGCAUCCUGCUCGAGCGGGCGACCACGCUGGCCGACCUGGCCGCGCUCACGACGCCGGAGCCCACAUCCACAUCCACAUCCACAUCCGCGACGCAAGCAGCAUCGCCCUCUCCCCUCCCCUCACCGACCGACCUCGACCGCCUCGCCUUCGUCUCCUACUCCUCCGGCUCCACCGGCCGCCCCAAGGGCAUCUGCAACCCCCACAGUGCCCCCGUCCAGUCCUAUGCCCUGCGUUUCCAGGUCAGCGACCUGGGCCCCGGCGACCGCGUUGCCUGCAACGUCUUCUUUGUCUGGGAGAUUCUGCGCCCGCUGCUGCGCGGCGCCACCGUCCUCACCAUCCCCGACGACGCCAGCUACGACCCCGUCGGCCUCGUCGCCUUCCUGGCCGAGAAGAAGGCCACCGAGACGCUCAUGACCCCGACCCUGCUGGCCACCGUGCUCGGCCGCUACCCUGACCUGGCCACCCGCCUCCCGCACCUGCGCACGCUCUGGUUCAACGGCGAGGUCGUCUCCGUCGACCUGGCCCGCCGCGCCGCCACCGCCCUGGCCAGCGUGCGCCUGCUCAACUGCUACAGCGCCAGCGAGACCCACGAGAUUGCCUGCGGCGACAUCCGCACCACCCUGGCCACCCUGCCCGCCGACGCCACCGUGUGCCCCGUCGGCCCGCCGCUGCUGCCCGCACACACCUACGUCCUCGACGAGGACGGCCAGCCGGUGCCGCCCGGCGUCGGCGGCGAGCUGUACGUCGGUGGGCCCCUGCUGGCCCGCGGCUACCUCCACCGCCCCGAGACGACCGCCGACGUGUUCCUGCCCGACGUCUUUGCCGGCGAGGGCCGCAUGUACCGCACCGGCGACAAGGCCCGCAUCUUGCCGUCCUCGGGCGAGAUUGAGAUCAGCGGCCGCGUCGGUGGCAUGAUCAAGGUCCGCGGCUACACGGUGCAUCCGGCCGCCGUCGAGAGCGCCAUUGUCAAGCACCUGGCCGUGCGCAGCUGCGUCGUCCUGGCCGACAAGGAGGGGCUCGAGCGCCAGCUGGUCGCCUACGUCGUGCGCGAGGCCGAGGGCAGCCCCAACACAGGCGCCGACGGCACCCGUGCCGCCCUCGAGAUCAACGCCGACGGCCACAGCCCGCUGGCCCGCCGCCUGCUGGCCGACCACCUGGCCCACUACAUGAUCCCCGUGUUCUGGGUCGAGCUCGACACGCUCCCGACCCACAAGGUGUCCGGCAAGGUUGACAUCAAGGGCCUGCCCGCCCCCUCGCCCGCGCGCGCUGGUCCCAGCCCGCCCGUGACGCCGCCCGCCGAGAGCAUGGCCCAGAUCCUGUGGGCCGCAGGUGCUGCCGCCGCCGCGCCGCCCAACAACACGUUGGAUGCCGCGGUGCGCAUCGACCCCACCGACAUUCGCCGCCACUGGGCCGCCUGCCUCGGCAUGGAGAGCGACGAGACGCUGGUCGAGCUGGCCCGCACGCAGCCCCAGCACGACUUUGACUUUUUCGACCUCGGCGGCCACUCGCUGGCCCUGGCCGAGCUGUCGAACCGCCUGUCCGCCUCGUACGGCUGCAACGUGCCGCUUCUUGCCUUGAUGCGCGCGCCCACCCUUGCCGGCCACGUGGCCGCCGUCACCGCGGCCGCGCGCGCCGCCCACGCCACUACAGCCGCGGCCGUCGACAACGGCCUGCUGCUGUCCAUGCUGCGCGACGACAGCACCCUGCCUGAGGAUCUGGCCGUGCCCGAUGCGCCCAAGGCCGCCCAGUCGAUUACGGACCCCGCCACCACCGACAUCUUCCUGACCGGCGCCACGGGCUUCCUCGGCGCGUUCCUGCUCGCCGAGCUCCUGGCCACCACCUCGGCCACCGUCCACUGCCUGGUGCGCCGCCCCGCGGCGUCCGCAUCGCCCGCCUCCGCAGCCGGCAUGCCCCGCGUGCGGAAGCAUCUGCUGGGCCUCGGCCUCUGGCGGGACAGCAUGGCCGACCGCAUCCAGAUUGUGCCGGGCGACCUGGCCCUGCCCAGCCUGGGCCUCUCGGACGCCGACUUUGACAGCCUUGCCACCCGCGUCCAGGCAGUUGUCCAUGCCGGUGCGCACGUCAACCUGGUCUACCCGUACGACGCCCUGCGGGACGCCAACGUCGGCGGCACCAAGGAGGUCCUGCGGCUCGUGGGCCGCGGCGGCGCCACCCUGCACUACAUCUCGACCAACGGCGUCCUGCCCCCCGCCAAGACGGCCUGGACCGAGGACGACACGCCCAUCGUGCUGGCCGCGGACGUCGUCGACAAGAUUACCGAUGGCUACGGCCAGACCAAAUGGGCGGCGGAACAGCUGGUCCUCCAGGCCGGCCGUCGCGGGCUGCCCACCCGCAUCUACCGGCCCGGCACGCUCGGCGGCCACAGCGCCACGGGCGCCACGAACCCACGCGACGUCGUCACGGCCCUGGUCGUGGAGAGUCUGCGCAUUGGGUACGCGCCCAAUGUGGACGGCUGGCGCGUGGAGAUGACGCCGGUGGACGCGGCGUGUCGCACGAUUGCGCAGCUGGCGUCGACGACGACGACAUCGGCGGACAACACCGUUCACCAUGUGGGCGAUCCCGACGCGCUUCUGGCCAAGGACCUCUUUGCCCGUCUCGCUGUCCUGGGCUACCCGACCGAGGCCGUGGACUGGGACGAGUGGGUGGCGCGGUGGAACGAGGACCAGAGCAACCACCCGCCGGCGGCUGCCCCGGCCGCGCGCCACGACGAAGACGUGUCGCCCAUGGACGUCCUGCGGGCCGGCAUGCCGUCGGUGGACUUUUUGAAGCUCGUGAUUCUGCUCGACGACACAAAGACGCGUGCCCUGCUGUUGCCCCCAACUGACAAGAACACUAAGAACGACGAGACGGAGCUGAAGCAGACGACGACACGGCCCCAGCUCGACCUCGGCCUGCUGGCCACGUACACGCGCCACUUCUACUCCCGCGGCUGGCUCGCCCACGGGCCCAAGGCGGUGCCUACCGCCGCGGUGGGCCCGUCUGUCGACCGCGUCGUGCCCAUGCCCAAGGGCCCGCUGGCCGGCCGCGUCGCCGUGGUCGUCGGUGCCUCGUCGGGCAUUGGCGCCGCCAUUGCGACGGCCCUGGCCAGCGACGGCGCCCACGUGGCCCUCGGCGCCCGCCGUCUCGGCGAGCUCAAGACCCUGCAGGCGGCCCUGGAGGCGCAGUUUGCCGGCGUUCGCGUCCUCGCGCGCCCGACGGACGUCACCAGCGCCGCGCAGGUCCAGGCGCUGGUGGCCGGGGCCACGGACGCGCUCGGCCCCAUUGACAUUCUGGUCGUCUGUGCCGGCGUCAUGUACUUUACCAUGAUGGCCAGCGUGCGCACCGACGAGUGGGAGCGCACCGUCGACGUCAACUGCAAGGGCCUGCUGCACUGCCUGGCCGCCACGGUGCCGGGCAUGCUGUCGCGGGCCAAGCCGCACCCGCCCACGCCGGCCGAGCUGGCCGAGCUGGCCCGCGGCGGUGGUGGUCAGGAUGACCACCUGCGCGGCCGCUCGCCGCACAUUGUGUGCAUCUCGUCCGACGCCGGCCGCAAGGUGUUCCCCGGCCUCGGCGUCUACUCCGGCAGCAAGUUCUUUGUCGAGGCCGUGCUGCAGAGCCUGCGCCUCGAGACCGCCGGCACCGGCCUGCGCGUGACGUCCGUGCAGCCCGGCAACACGGCGACCGAGCUGCUCAGCCUGUCGACGGACCCGGAGGCCAUGGACAAGUACGGCACGCCCACGGGCGCCGAGGUGCUGGCGCCGGCGGACGUGGCGUCGGCCGUGAUGUAUGCGCUGCGGCAGCCGGCGCACGUCGCAGUCAACGAAGUGAUGAUUGAGCCGCGGGACGAGCCGAUUUGA